AGUAAGACUGCCUGGAAAAAAACAACAACCAAAUUAUAUAUAUGUAUAUUCAUAUAUAUUCCAUAGUAUGAAAAUGCUAUUUAUUUCAAUUAUUAAAUUUUGUGGUGACACCUUAAAAUUUUCAUCUGUGGCAAAGUGCCUUGUUCUCUUCAAUCUAGUCCUAUGGUUAAGUCUCAGCUCUUCCUGGCUGGGCAAGUUGAUUAACUUCUCAGAACCAGGAUUUUCUAUAUAAAAUGCCUGCGCCUAGUAGUUGUUAGGAUCAUACAGUGAAGAGAUGACCGCACAGACCUAGCACAGUCCUUGGCACACAAGUUUUUAAGUAUUACGACAUAAAUCUUAGCAAACUUUUCUUAAGGGGGGGGGUCUGGUGUCCAGCUUAGAGUGGGGUGUAAUGUCCCCACCCCUAUGAAUGUGACCUGACUCUGCCCUUGAGAACUGGCCUAGUGGCCUAGAACUUCCUGCUCCUUCUGGUCCUCAAAGAAAUGGGCCUUUAAUACUCUCAGGCCCCAGGCUGACCACCACCACCAACACCCUUGGACGGUGAUACCCUGAGCCACGCUCCGGUGCCUCUUGGCUCCCAGCACCUUAUAUCCCGGCUCCUCUGCCCCCCACUCCACCUCCCUCACGCGCCUUUCUGUACUCUACUCUUCCAGCGUAGGCCAUGGCUCCGGGUCCCUCUUGCUGCCAUGAGGCCUGUACUUUGCAGGGCUGAAGUCCAAAGUUCAGUCCCUUGGCUAAGCACACGGAUAAAUAUGAACCUUGGAGAAUUUCCCCAGCUCCAAUGUAAACAGAGCAGGCAGGGGCCCUGAUUCACUGGCCGCUGGGGCCAGGGUUGGGGGUUGGGGGUGCCCACAGGGCUUGGCUAGUGGGAUUUGGGGGGGCAGUGGGUGCACGGAGCCUGGUUCGUGACUGCCAGGCUGCCGGCAAGUAGACGGCCCACGCGGUGGGUGGGGGAGGCGGCCAGCUCGGUGGCCUGGGGCCGCGUGGCCUGGUGGCAGUGGAGCCAUGGUUUCCAAGCUGAGCCAGCUGCAGACGGAGCUCCUGGCUGCCCUGCUGGAGUCGGGCCUGAGCAAAGAGGCGCUGAUCCAGGCCUUGGGGGAGCCGGGGCCCUACCUGCUGGCUAGAGAUGGCCCCCUGGACAAGGGGGAGUCCUGCGGUGCAGGUCGAGGGGAGCUGGCGGAGCUGCCCAAUGGGCUGGGGGAGAUGCGUGGUUCGGAGGACGACACCGACGACGAUGGGGAAGACUUCGCACCACCCAUCCUGAAAGAGCUGGAGAAUCUGAGCCCGGAGGAGGCCGCCCACCAGAAAGCGGUGGUGGAGACCCUUCUGCAGGAGGACCCAUGGCGGGUGGCAAAGAUGGUCAAGUCCUACCUGCAGCAGCACAACAUCCCACAGAGAGAGGUGGUGGACACCACUGGUCUCAACCAGUCCCACCUGUCCCAGCACCUCAACAAGGGCACCCCUAUGAAGACACAGAAGCGGGCAGCUCUGUACACCUGGUACGUCCGCAAGCAGCGAGAGGUGGCUCAGCAAUUCACCCAUGCCGGGCAGGGUGGGCUAAUUGAAGAGCCCACAGGUGAUGAGCUGCCAACCAAAAAGGGGCGGAGGAACCGUUUCAAGUGGGGCCCAGCAUCCCAGCAGAUCCUGUUCCAGGCCUAUGAGAGGCAGAAGAAUCCCAGCAAGGAGGAGCGAGAGACCUUGGUGGAGGAGUGCAAUAGAGCAGAGUGCAUCCAGAGGGGUGUGUCACCGUCGCAGGCACAGGGGCUGGGAUCCAACCUUGUCACGGAGGUGCGCGUCUACAACUGGUUUGCCAACCGGCGCAAGGAAGAAGCCUUUCGGCACAAGUUGGCCAUGGACACAUACAGCGGGCCCCCACCAGGGCCAGGACCAGGACCUGCACUGCCUGCUCACAGCUCCCCUGGCCUGCCCCCCUCAGCCCUCUCCCCCAGUAAGGUCCAUGGUGUGCGCUACGGACAGCCUGCAACCAGUGAAGAGGCUGAGGUGCCCUCAAGUAGUGGUGGUCCCCUAGUGACAGUGUCUGCGCCCUUGCACCAAGUGUCCCCCACAGGCCUGGAGCCUAGCCACAGCCUGCUGAGCACCGAAGCCAAGUUGGUCUCAACCACUGGGGGUCCCCUGCCACCAGUCAGCACCUUGACAGCACUGCACAGUUUGGAGCAGACAUCUCCAGGCCUUAACCAGCAGCCCCAGAACCUCAUCAUGGCCUCACUGCCUGGAGUCAUGACCAUUGGGCCCGGGGAGCCUGCUUCCUUGGGCCCCACUUUCACCAACACAGGAACGUCUACUCUGGUCAUUGGUCUAGCCUCCACUCAGGCACAGAGUGUUCCAGUCAUUAACAGCAUGGGCAGCAGCUUGACCACCCUGCAGCCAGUCCAGUUCUCCCAGCCGCUGCACCCCUCCUACCAACAGCCUCUCAUGCCCCCUGUGCAGAGCCAUGUGGCCCAGAGCCCUUUCAUGGCCACCAUGGCCCAGCUGCAGAGCCCCCACGCCCUCUACAGCCACAAGCCAGAGGUGGCCCAGUACACGCACACGAGCCUGCUUCCACAGACCAUGCUAAUCACAGAUACCAACCUGAGCGCCCUGGCCAGUCUCACACCCACCAAGCAGGUCUUCACCUCAGACACUGAGGCUUCCAGUGAGUCUGGCCUUCAUGCACCAUCAUCUCCGGCCACUACCAUCCACAUCCCCAGCCAGGACCCAGCGGGCAUCCAGCACCUGCAACCUGCCCACCGGCUCGGCACUAGUCCCACUGUAUCCUCCAGCAGCCUGGUGUUGUACCAGAGCUCUGACUCCACCAAUGGUCACAGCCACCUGCUGCCAUCUAACCAUGGUGUCAUCGAGACUUUCAUCUCCACGCAGAUGGCCUCCUCCUCCCAGUAACCAUGGUGACUGCCUCUCAGGAGCUGGGCCCCCAAGAGCCUGCAUUGUCUUUGUAGAGGGCCACAGCCACCUGUGGCCUGGAGGACAUCUGAGCUUCUGCCAUGGGCUGCUGGCCUUCCUAGAAAGCUUCACUUUGGCCCCUACUGCUGCUCCUCCAGCAUCAGAGAGGCAUGGCUCCGAGAUGCACUAGCUUCAGGGCUGCACUGGUUUCACAAGAGGGGAAUAAGGGCUGGAAAGAGCCCAUCCUUGCUUCUUGGUAUAGAAAACUUGUUACCUGAAACUGAAUGAAGCAGCCUGUGACUUUGGUAACUCCAACUGGAGCCUGCAGGCCCCAAAUGGUUUGUGCUGAGCUCUGAGGCCCUAGAGCAUCAUGACUGCCUUAUGUCACCUGUGUACCUCUAGGCCACUCCCUCCUGCCUCAGCUCCUUCUAGCCAGCAAUUCACACGCACAAAUUUGUAGAUUUCCCAAGUGGCUGUUCUACAUCAAGGCCUGGGAGCUGAAAGGAAGACAUGCAUGGCUGUCCUUGGCUCACUGGUCCUGAGCCAUCCCUUCUCCCCAGUCUGUCUCACUUGUAGGGUCAUUUGCUCCCUUGAACCUGUAUUCCCAUGCCAGCCUGCUAUCUUGCCUCUAUUAGAAAGGCCACUUAAGGGCUAAGCUUGCUACUGAGGCUGCGUGACUCAUGCCAAGCCCAGGUCCUAAGGGCAUCAGCUCCUCUGGUUUCGGGGCCCUGAAGAUCGUUCUCUUGUCUGGAGUGGAGCAGGCGAGACUUGCUGAACUCAGAAGGCAGCAAAGCUUGAGCAGGGGUCUAGAGGAGGGUGAAGACCAGCAGAGAAGCCAUCUGAGUAGCCUGGAGGCUGGCAGCCACCGCAAGUCAGAGGUCCUAAGUGCCACUGGGAGGAACAAAGAGGCUGUGUACACCAUGAGCAUGUGUGUUCUCAUCUCCUUGGACCCACUGCAGAGUACCUGGCCCUCAGUUGGCUCCUCCAUCUGGGACAGAGGAAGGGAGAACCAGCGCCCAGGCAGCUUAUAGUCAGCUAUGGGCAAACCUGUACGUUUAUUUAACUUUUAGUAAAGUCAAUGAGAUGUGCGAA